UGAGGGAUACAUUGUAACCUGUCCGGUCCAUAGCGGAGCUCCAUCACCAGCAAGAUGACGGCGCACUCCUUCACCGUCCCCAUGAUCGUCUUCACCACCUUCUGGGGGCUCAUCGGCAUCGCCGCCCCAUGGUUCGUCCCCAAAGGCCCCAACCGAGGGGUCAUCAUAACAAUGCUGGUGACCACAGCCGUCUGCUGCUAUCUCUUCUGGCUGGUCACCAUCUUAUCGCAGUUAAAUCCAUUGUUUGGACCACAGCUGAAGAAUGACACCAUCUGGUACAUACGAUUCGUCUGGGAAUAAAGAUGUUGGAUGUCCAGUUAGUGACGGUGUUCCAUGGACCAGUAGAACGUGUUGCCCUUCCCUUCCCCCUUCACACUGCAAUGUUACUUCAGAUACAAUUCUACAGAUUCCUACCGGCCCGAAAGCAGAAACCAAAUUCCUCUCCAUCUUUAUGUCAACGUAUGACUUCCGGGUGAUC